GAUAAGGCCAAUAUUUCCCAGUUCAAUGAUCGCCAGCACUGCCAACAAACCGGUCGCUAUUGUUGACGUCAUAGUAGGCCACUGCUGCGCAUAUUGCAAUGCGCCGCUCACCUAACAACGACGUCGCAGUAACAACACCGUGACCCGGGCCCUCUCCUCGCUACGCUGCUUAUUGGGCCAGAAAAUCGUAUCAAUCAAACUCCUUUCAUCGAGACGAAAGGUAAAUCCAACCUCAACAACGCAAUCCAAGGCACAAACUAUAGGCAGUCCUAGCGUGUAAACAGUUAGUACACGGGAGGCAAGGUUCGUAGACUUUAGCCACAGAUUGAACAACAUCGUCGCGGCUAGAGAUACUCGGGGAACAUGGGCGUAGGAGGACAACAAGAGUUACAGUUAAUGGCUCCACACGUCCAUUCGUUUAAUCCGGACGCCAGAACCGUAACUUAUGAACGCCUGGAGACCUUGAGGCUGAGGUCCCUUGGUCUGGAAAACAGGUAUUCGCGCUACAACAUUUUCCGCCAACAGCCGAAGGAGCCUGAUCCGCUAGCGAGAGCAAACAUCUCUCUGCUAGGAAACAACUCCGAGACCUCCUCUCCCGCCCCUGAGUCCGUGUCCAUGUACUCCUGGGCCGAACCAACCCCCACGGGAACGCGGGGCAUCGGGCUUAUCACCGCUGAGCCACCUUCGAGAGUGACGAAAGGAAACACUCUCGCUCCAUUCGGGACACUCGCCAAACCAACAUGUGGAUAUUUUUUCAGUAGAGAAACAGAUAACAGGAAACUGAAGUUUGGCAUUCCACCCAGCGAUCUUGUGAAAUGGAGAUCUUUCAACAGAUAAACAGUUUCGUUUCUCGGCAAUUCUGUGAAGACAACGAGGAUAUCAGUGAGAUGAACUGCACGAGCCAGUUACCACGUCCAUCAGAACGCUCAACACAAAGACUCAUUAAUGUCAUUGUAAAAUAUUCAUUUAACUGUACAGACUAUUUAAGCUUUAAAAGCAGCUGAUCAAGAGACUGUGAUGUCGCUAUGACGUGUCUUUACUGCAGAAUUAUUCCAUCAGUGAUGUCAUAUAUAACCUUUUUGUAAAUGCAGUCUUGGGCUCAAAACUGUAGCGAUCACAAUAUUUCGAGAAGAGGUUUCUCGAGUAUUGUUAGAAGAGCUACGUAUAACUCAUGCAAACUUGUAUAUUGCUCACUCUAUGUAUUUCGUAUUUUACAAGUGUGGCUGAGCAUUGAAUUAAGCUCAACAUUUUCGUAGAUCUCACCAUAUCAGAUCUCUACACCAAACCAAAUCAAACCAAUUCACGUUGCUCAACGCUAUUGCAUACUUCACGUUUGCUCAAUUUUUUCUUUUCUAUCUAAACAGUUCACUUUUGAAUUCUAGUUGCAUUUUUAUGUUUAUAUUUUAAUUACAACUAGUACAGAAAUAAUAGAUAGGUAGACUUCUUAGUUCCAUGAAAGCUGCAAUUUUUGUAAGUAUCUUAGUCUGUUAUUUUUGCAGUAUACACGUAAAAUAAAGAUCAUAGUUAAA